AUGCGUAUGUCGGUGUCUCUUUCGUCGCCUUCAACCGGGCAUCCUUCAUUACCGCCGCCACCUUUGCCGCUAUCUGCUUCUAAUUCCAUUCUGCAGGAAAUGAACUUGGGCUUGAAUAUCGCCCCCGGCUCGCAGCCCAUACCAAAGAAGUCUCAGCAAAUUAGAACCGAUAAACCAAGACCCCAUGUAUGUGGUGUUUGCACUCGUGCUUUUGCCAGGUUGGAACAUUUGAAACGUCAUGAAAGAGCUCAUACUAAUGAAAAACCGUAUCAAUGUGCAGCGUGCGGUAGAUGCUUUGCUAGGAGAGAUUUGGUGUUACGACAUCAACAGAAACUACACACAAACUUGCCAAACAUCAUGAGACGUGGCUCCUCAAAGGAUUUGGAUAUUAAUGAACAUAUAAAUGUACUAUUCAAUAACACAGAUGCAAAUGCUCCGUUACCCGAUGGCGGAGACCUCACCUUGUUGGAUUCAGAACCAAAUGACAACAAUAAUAACAAUAAUAACAACAAUAACAACAAUAACAAUAACAACAUUGACUUUAAACCAACUUUUCGAACAACAUUGUUCGAUAACAACGAUAAUAACGACAAUGACGAUGAGAAUCUCAUGAGUAACGAAAGCAAUAAAAAUAUAAGUACCCUGCCGCAAGCGCUGAUUGGUGCUUCCCCAAUAACAACUAUAGGAGGAAACUCACCAAAGCCAAGUAUCACUUUACACAGUAGCAGCAAGAAAAAUAGCAUUUCCUUUAAUCCUCCAAUAGUAACAUCAAUGUCGAGACAAAAUUCAGUUGUAACUGGUUGCGUGUCAAAAAGGUCUUCUUCUGCUGUGAAACAAGAACUUUCUCCGAGUUCAGACGUACCAAGUCGUAAACGGUCAAUGAAAGCAGUGGUUAAUAAUAAUGGGGGUUGCAUACCAUCCCAUUUGGCUAACAACAAUCAUAGACAUGCCUCUUACUCGGCAGCUUCCGGAUUGUCAUACACAACAAACAAGGAUGCAAAGUUGAUUCAGGAAACUACCGUUGACUUGACAGAUUCUGCACCUACACAUGUCGAAUUUGGUACACCACCCUUGGGCCCACACAGCGAAGAGUAUCACAAGAUCUUGGGAAUGUCAGAAUUGAUGGACUGGGGUAAUAUCGACAAUUUGGACUUGAAUGACGAAGAGAAUAGACUUGCUUUGAGACAAAAAUCACUCAAAAAUUUACAUGAUUUCUUUACAGAGGGUUUGGAUCAUAAACCGGUACAUACGCAUAUGCAACAUGCUAAUCCAAUGCAACAUCCUAAUGCAAUAUUUGGAAUAUAUGGACAGACAUCGUUACGAAUGCCUGAUGAUCAUGGUAAAUCGUUGGAGAAAACACACGUGUCAAUUAAUGAAACUCAAAAUUUGUCACGACCGGUUUCAAUUCCACAACGGCUGCAACAGCAACAGCAACAGCAACAGCUCCUGCCCCAAUCUAAUCAAGACUCGGUCUCAUCUGUUGGAAGUAUUAAUCCACAACAUUUGAGCAAUAAAGGUAGCGAAAACUCAAGUAUUGGAAAACGGCCUAGGUCAGUAAUGGAAAACGAGUCACAACCUCAGGCUGUUCCCCCAACAGGCUUGGAUAAUGAAUGGAUUCAAGAUUUAGUUCACCCACAAUUUGAUCUCACUGGGAAUUAUAGUGUAACUACUAGUUUUGAUGACUUAAAAGGGUAUUUUAAUGCCACUUCUAAGCAGCAACUUGAAGACAAGGGAAGCAUACCCAAAAGACAAGCUCAAGACUUUAUGCAACAAUUACUUGGUGGAGAAGAUGGUGCAGGAGCUGCUGCUAUUGAAAAUAUAGAUUAUUCAGUGGAAUUUCCCGCAAACUUUUAUUCGCAUGAGUCAAGUUUAUUCACACUGGAACUUCGAGAUAAAAUGGUAAGUACUGCAGGUAUCAAUAGCUUGGAUUUUCCUUCAUUGGAGAAUCUCAAGUACUAUGUUCAAUUGUACGAGUAUGGUUUCAACAAGUAUUUUUCAUUUAUCCAUUUUCCAACAUUAAAAAAGGCUGGUCCAAAUUUUGAUAAUGUUCCAUUAUUAUUGGCCAUUGCAGCAAUCGGGUCCCUAUAUGCAUACAAUAACCACGAUGCAUUGAUUUUGUUCAACUUGUCCAAAUACCAUAUUCAGAUUUUUUUUGAAAAAGAGUUGACUGGAGACUUUAUUCAGUUCAAAAAAGUACCCUUGAUGGCGCAUCAGUGCCUUGUUUUACACAUUAUGAUAUCCCUUUUCUUCAAUGAACCGAACAUGAUUGAUGUGACGUCAAGACAAAUCAGAUCAAUGAUUGGAUUGAUCAAAUCGACUCAUUUUAACGAACCAUUGGAACAAGUAUUGAUUCCGCCACCGCCAAUGACACAUGACGCCACUGCAACUACUACUACUACUUCUACUACUACUUCUACCAAUACUACUACCAGUAUCGAGGAGAAUAAGCAGAUUAUUCAAGACAAUUUUGAUUACUUCAUAAUGGCUCAAUCAAGGAUCCGUACCUUACAUAUAUUCUACCUUUUACAAAUGUUUAGAUCUACUUUAACUGGCGAUCCUGCAUUAUUCAGCUCGUCACUUUUAAGAUCCGGGUCCUAUUGCCCUAAUGACGCUUUAUGGUGGAGCACAGAUGCUAGUAGUUGGUAUGCUAAUGUUUGUAAGCUAUAUCCUUCAAACUGGUCAAUCGCUAAAGUUCGCAAUGGGAUAAGAGUAGAAAAUUUGAUCAAUUUUGUAAAUAACCCUCAUGUCAUAACACCUGCAAUACCAUCAGAAGAUAUGUUGACCUUAUUAUUGCAUCUUCAUGAACAAAUUACCAAUGCAUUAAGUCUUGAACCAUUUAGUGCUAUUAAAUGGAAUUUAGAAAAAAGGAAGAAAUUUGAUCAAUUAAUUAAUAAUUGGGAGAUUUUGUUUGUAAAAAAUUUUGGAAGUUUGAAUAUAAAUCUACAGAAUCGAAAUGGAUUAAAUUUCAAACCAGAGAUGAAAUUGAUCAUCCCUCUCUGGUGUUUGUUGAAAAUCAAGUUGACAAUAAAUUUCAAUCCUAUUAUGUCAUUUAUGUUGCAAAAGGAUUACGAUUCAAUGAAUAAAGAGUUAGACUUGAUGGAUUAUAAAGAGUCUAAUUACAAUGUAUUAAGCAAGUCGUUAUCAUACAGUUGUCAAAUAUUGGACUUGUGGGUUCAUACUUCGGAAACAAUCAGUUACGAUCUCAAGAAAACGGCAGUACGUACGCCUGUGAUACUAAGUUGCGCCAUGUUUAUCAGUAUGAUUAUUGUUGCUACUUAUCUUGAUUAUUUGGAACAGCAGUGUAGACGCAGAGAUGUAUCGAAUCAAGAGUUGUUUGAUUGGUUUCAGUGUCAUGAAUUAUUAAACAAUGUUGGUAAAGUAUUGAGCAUUAGUGUUCAAUCAGUAUAUCUGGAUGUAUUAACCAAGAAUAUCAAGGAUGAUACUUGUUCUUCUUUAUUUGAUGAAAGUCAAGCAUUUAGAAUAGCUCAACUUAGUGAAAAACGAGAAAUUGUCGAUGAUAACUUAUCAAGAAAUAUGGAUAUUGAGGUGAAUAGAAAUAAGGUUCUUGGGCUUAAUCAAGAAAUCAGGGAUGAAAUAAUCAAGAGCAAAUUAUCCAAAAAAGCAUUUUACAUGGGAAUUAGGAUCUUGGCUGAUGCUCCUGUUUGGCCAGCAUCUAUGGGAUUUGCAGAGGCUUUGCAAAUCAGAGCUACUUAUAUAUCCCAAAGAAGGCAAGCUUAUUGA